AGCUAACUUCGUCCGGCAGUAUCUGGGCAUCCCCAAAGAAAGAAAGGAAACCGGCUGCUCGGGUGAAGGCAGGGGCCAUGAAAAGGAAUGAUAUCAUCAACUUCAAGGCUUUGGAGAAAGAGCUGCAGGCUGCACUCGCUGCUGAUGAGAAGUACAAACGGGAGAAUGCUGCCAAGUUACGGGCAGUGGAACAGAAGGUAGCUUCCUAUGAGGAAUUCAGGGGUAUCGUCCUUGCAUCACAUCUGAAGCCACUGGAACGGAAGGACAAGAUGGGAGGAAAGAGGCCUGUGCCCUGGAACUGUCACACUAGUCAGGGAAGGCCCUCCCAGGAUGAAACCACUGAAAUCUCCCUGGAGAAAACGCUCUUCCAGCCUGAGACCUCAGCCGAGUUCUACCGCGACUGGCGGCGACACUUGCGCAGUGGGCCAGAGCGCUACGAGGCCCUGCUGCAGCUCGGGGGUCUGAAGCUGGGCCGCCUCUUCCAGAUGGACGUGGGGUUUGGACUUCUAGGGGAGAUGCUGGUGGUGCUGGCCGAUCACGUGAGGCCUGCUGAUCGCUGGGCGGUGCUGGGGAUCCUGCACAGCCUGGCCAACACCGGGCGCUUCACCCUGAACCUGAGCCUGAUGAGCUGUGCGGAGAGAGAGAGCUGCAGAGCCUUAUUUCAGAAGUUGCAGGCCAUGGGCACCCCCAGCCUGGAGGAGCAAGGUCUAGGGGAGCAGCCGGGUGGGCUUCAGGAGGAGGAAAGUCUGCUGCAAGAGCUGCUGAUGCUAUACCAGAUGGAUUGAUGGGACCAUUUACCUUCAGAGGCCCCCAGUGGUCAUCAGAGGCAUUUUUUGAUGGUCUUGGGGGCUCUGCAGGACUCUAAUCAGAAGCCCACACCUGAUUCCCUUUUGGAUUUAGAAUUUUCACAACCAAAGCAGGAACUGAAUUUUCCCUUUUCCCCAGCCCCUUGGGGGCUUCAUAUUCUGAACUUUGUAGAUCCACAGGAUGGUCAAGGGCCAAGCUGAAAGAUUUUUUGCUUCCCACCCUUAGAGUCUGCCAGUGUGCUAGCCCAUGGCCCUGAGAUAUGGGUGAGCACCCAACCAAACACUGGUACCACCCAUUGCAGCCUCCACUCAAAACAAGGAAAAAACAAAAUUGUUAAUCCUCCAUGGUUAACAAAUCCUCCAUGGUCUCCAUAGUUCUUUUUUUAAAAGUGAUUUUAUUGGAGUAUAGUUGCCCUACAAUGUUGUUAGUUUCUUCUGUAUAGAAAAAUGAAUAAUUUAUAUGUGUGUGUGUGUAUAUAUAUAUAUACACACACAUACAUAUAUAUAUAUUCUCUUUUUUAGAUUUCCUUCCCAUUUAGGGGUGACCACAGAGCAUUGAGUAGAGUUCCCUGUGGUAUACAGUAGGUUCUCAUUAGUUAUCUGUUUUAUACAUAGUAGUGUACAUAUGGUCAAUCCCAAUCUCCCAGUUCAUCUUCCAUAGCCCUUAAACAAGAGUAUUCAUCAUCAGAAACCAAUGAAUGGACAUUUAGUCAAUAAAUGAUCA